AUGCUUCGCCGCAAGCCAACGGCUAUUGCCAUUACCUCAGAAGACUUGGCUACAUUUGAAGAAUCCAGGCUGCGAAAACUGUCCGAAGAAAACAAGCAAAACGAGUCACUCUCCAAGGGAGCUUCCAAUGCCCACUUCGACCCCAGCGAUGAACUGAAGCCUCUUCCCGGUGACAAGGCUAGGAUUGUCAGAUCGCGCGAAGAACGGAUAGGCCUUGGUGGACGUGCUUGA